UUUAAGGUCGAAGGGAGGCUGCAAGCGGUCCUGUGAUUGGUUAAGCGCGUCCGCGGGAAUCCUUUUUUUGCCCCGCUACGUGCGCUAAUUCGAGUUGACGAGCGGCGACGUGAUGCGAGGGUCGGCUGAUGAGAGCGCCGACGGUUGAUGGCCGUCGAGCGGGGUCGUCAGGUCGGCCGAGGAUCGUCGCGGCCGACGCGUACCGCCGCGAGGGAUCCAGGUGAGAAUCCGCGCGAACGGCCGCGCGGCGAGCCGCGCCGCUGAUCCGCGACGGGAAUCGCCGGCGGUCGCAGCGUCGAGUGCGGCGCGCGAGUGCGGCGGACUGGUGAGAACUGAAACUGCCGCACACCGCUCGGCCGUCGAAUCGCGAAACGGGAAACUUUCGUCCAACUCAAUUAGCCCGUGCGAGCGUGCCGUGUCGUGUUCGCGCCUCCCGAAAAGCGACACCGCGACGUUGAAUCGCUUCCGGCUGCUCGGCGCCGCGAGAGGGCCAAUCGCGGUGCCGCGGACUCGUCGUUCAUCGCGUCUGGCGAUUAAUUUAUGAUAAGUGUUUGCGAGCCGCUCGUCGUCGGUGCGUUUAUGCUCGGCGUGCGUGCGCGUGUGUGGGCGCAUGCAUGUGUGCGUGCGUCUGUGUGUAUGUGUGUGGGUUACAUCGCGUCGGCCGGGAGGGGGUUAGCGGCGUUCGCGGACUCAGCGAUUAAUAUGGCGAGACAGGCAUAUUCCGUUGAUUAAUAUGCCGACCGCGAGGAGCGACCGAGAGGCGACAUUUAAAAUUCAUAUCGCUCGCAUAAUCGAUAAUUUGUCACACGCGCUCCCUUUCUGACUUCGUCGGGCCGUCGGGCCAGCAGCGGAAUCUGCGGCCGACCGUUCCAAGGCGAGCUGCGUAUCAAAGGAUCGGCGGCUGCGAAGUACUCCGAAGGAUUCGUCCCGGCGCACUCUCGAGAUUAAAUCGCCGCGCGCGGGAGUUAUAGAGGAGGGCUGAGAAAGAGAAAGACAGAGAGAGAGAGAGAGAGGACUGGCUUAAGGUCCCGCGCGCACUCAUGGCGCCCGCUUAAUCAGGAUGAGAUCCGAGUGCCCGCUGAUAAUGCCGCCGGUGCGACGGCCGGAGGACAGGUUUGCGAAAUGAAAGCUCCUAAGAGACAAUGGAAGCGUCCGCGCGAGCAUGACGGCCUCAUUCAGAGUCGCCGACGGCACGCUUAGGCGGCUACUACCGGGACGCUCGACUCGCCAGUGAGACGGACAAGUGUCGUCGUCGUCGUCGUCGUCGCCGCUCCGCAACAGUGGUGUGGCCGGAGGGAUCAGCAGACACCGGGUACACCGAUAAAAGGACGGUGUUAUGUUAGUGACAAGGCGUCACCCUCUAGGAGGGCGCAUACUACUCGCCCUCUUCCUCCUGAUCGGGAGCUUCGCCUUGUUGUCACGGGCGGCCGCCUUUCCGGAUUGGACCGACUGUCCCGCGGUGUGCCGAUGCAAGUGGACUUCCGGCAAAAAGUCAGCCCUGUGUCCCGACGCCGGUCUGACGUCGCUGCCGGCGUCCCUCGACCCGGACAUGCAGGUGCUCGACCUCUCCGGCAACAAGAUACCGGCGCUGCAGGCGGAGAUAUUCAAGCGGGCCGGGCUGGUGAACCUGCAGCGGGUGUUCCUGCGGAACGCCGGCAUCUACGAGAUCCACGCGGACUCGUUCAAGGACAUGAGGAUACUCGUGGAGAUCGACCUGUCGGACAACUACUUGACGAGCCUGGAGCCGGACACGUUCAUCGGCAACGAGAGGCUGCGCAUCCUGAUACUGAGCGGCAACCCGCUCAGCACGCUCCGCGAGAAGCAGUUCCCGGUGCUGCAGCACCUGCGCAACCUGGAGCUGCAGCGGUGCUCCCUGACCGAGAUACACGGCGACGCGUUCGCCCACCUCACCGGCUUGGAGUUCCUCAAGCUGGACGGUAACCAGCUGGAGUACCUGGAGUCCUCGGUGAUAGCCGGUCUGUCGAAGCUGAAGACCCUGACGUUGGACGGCAACCGGUGGCGGUGCGACUGCCGGCUGCGGGGCCUCCGCGCCUGGCUGAUCCCGGACGCGGCCAGCAAGCUGUACUCCGUCUCUCAGAUCUGCUCGGGCCCGGCCAGGCUGGAGGGUCGUCGCUGGGAGGACGUGAAGGCCGCCGAGUUCGCCUGCGAGCCCGAGGUCUUCGUCCUGGCGAGCAGCAUACAGGAGGAGACGAACGGCAACCUCAGCCUGGCGUGUCUGGCGAGCGGCGACCCCGAGCCGGAGGUCUGGUGGCAGCUGAACGGCGGCCCGGUGAACGCCAGCAGGCCCGAGCAGCCGUACACCGGCACCCUCGUGGUGAGCGGCGACAGGUCCUUCAGGAUCUCCGAGCGGUGGAGCAAUCUGACGGUGUACAACGCGAGCGACGGGGACGCCGGCGAGUACGCCUGCUUCGCCCGGAACGUCGCCGGUCUGGCGCGCGACACCGUCAACGUGGCGAUACCCCGCGUCUACACGGCGCCGACCCUCUCGCAGAGCGACAACUGGCUGCUCUGGGUGAGCCUGGCGGGCGGCGGCGCCGCCGCGGUCUGCGCCUCCAUCUCGGCGGUGCUGCUCGCGCUCUGCCUCUGCGGCGGCACGCGCCGGCACAGCAAGCGCGAGAAGGUCAAGCUCCAGGGCAGCGGCAGUUUCGGCGAGCAGGAGAAGAAGCUGCUGGACCUCUCGGUCACCACCACGCCCGGCAACAGCAACGACCGCGGCAGCGGCCACGGCAGCCUCGGCGAGGCCUGCAGCACCGGCGACCUCGAGCUGGCCGAGCGCGGCUCCAUCUGCGACCCCAUGCCCGCCGCGGCCGUCACCGUCGAGCGGCUGCGACCGGAGACCGCCAUCCGCGCGGUCACCUGCGCCGCGGUCUUCCCGCCCCCGCCGCCGGAGUUCACCAGCGGGGUGCUGCCGGCCGGUAUCUUCGGCAACAUCUUCAUCUCGGUGUCGCAGGACUCCUCCGAACGCUGCUACCCGGACCUCCUCGACAUCCCCGUCCACGCGGUGAGCGGCGCCGCCGGCGUGAAGACCACCGCGGCCCUGCCCGCGAGCGUGAACGUGUCCAGCUUCGCGACGCUGCCGCGUCGGGCGUUGCGCACCGCCGAGGUCGGCUCGCCUUACGACAAUAUGGGCCCGCGGGUCACCGCCAACGGCAGCUCCGCCUUCUCCUUGACGGACGUGGACCUGCGGCUGUCGCCGCCGCCGCCGCCGCGGAUCAUCCAGCCGCCGCACCAGUUCGUCUCCCUCUAGGCCGUCCCUCGUGUCAUCGGGACGCGCGCUCUUGACUGCCAAUCGUCGAAUCCAAAUUUUCAAGUAGCGUUCACUCAGCCUCGAAUAGAUCAC